ACCUACUCUCUCGCAGUGGAGGUGCAAAACCCAAAAGUGGACUCGCGAUUCCUCAGACGAGGUCCGUUUAAGGACCGGGCAAUGGUGCUUAUCACAGUUCUGAACGCAGACGAGCCGCCGAAGUUCUCCCGCUCGCGGUACCGGCUGGAUGUGUCGGAAAACUGUCCUCCAGCAUGUGUGGUGGGAAGAGUGGCCGCUGUGGACCCGGAUACAGGCCUCAGUAACAACAUCAAGUACUCAGUUGAUCCCGAGUCGGACCCCGAGGCGCUGUUCCGUAUCGCCUCUGACAAUGGCCUCAUCACCACGGCCGUGGAAUUGGAUCGGGAACAGGAGCAAUGGCAUAACAUUACCGUCAUCGCCACACAGAGAGGUACCAGAACUCCUCUGCUCCGCCGCUCUUAAUGGGACAUCGCAUCAACUCUGAGCGUCUGACAAUUUCACACA